ACUCUCUUAUUAAUUUAUUUUUUUGGCCGUGCCCCGAGGCUUGCAGGAUCUUAGUUCCCCAGUCAGGGAUGGAACCCGGGCCCCCUGCAGUGGAAGCGCAGAGUCCUAACCACUGGAAAGCAAGGGAAUUCCCACUUUUUCACUCUCUUAAUGUUGUCCUUUGAUAAACAGACUUUUCUCUAGUCCAUCUCAAGUAAGCAGUACUUUCCUGUGCUUCUCUAACCUCACUACCUCUACAUGGGGGUGGGGAGUCAUGGACAAAUGUGAGAGCAUUGUGCCUGGGGUAGUGAGAAAGGAGACAAGAAUGAGAAGAACUUGGAUGAAAGCACAAUUGAGAAAUGACAAGAAUAUGAGCAGCCCAAAUAAUCACCCAAAUAUAUUAUACAGAGUGGGAAGGGGCUCAGAGCUAAGGUAGCAGCCAUAUCCCGUUAUAUGUUAGUUUUUCUUUUAUAUAUAUACAUUCAUGCUCAGGCCCAAGUCUAGCGUCUAUAUUAUAGUCUGUUUGGAGGUCGCAUAUGUUUGGAAGCUCAUAGUGAAGAUGUAUUUUGUUCUAACUGGGAAAGUAUGUGGAACUCUGGCUGGCUGUCUGCCUUUAAUUUUUGUCCUCUUCCUCUACACCUUGCAACUUUUACACAAAAACCGCUCAGGCACAUGAGGGACCCAGUACUAAAUAUACGUCCUUGUAGAUGCUGUUCUCAGCCUCUCAUUGACAGUUUUGACCAUCACCAAAGUCCUGAGGCCUGGGAUAGGAGGAACUUGUCGUUUUAGGAAUCAGUGGCUUUUGAGGAUGUGGCUGUGUACUUCACUGACAAGGAAUGGGCCAGCUUGAUACCUGCUCAGAGGGCCUUGUGCAGGAGCGUGAUGCUGGAGAACUCUAUCAUCGUCCACUUCCAAACUAGCUCUGGUCUCUCAUCUGGAGCAAGGGAAAGAGUCACGUUUCACCCAGCCCCAGGGACCCCUAAGCAGGAGGAACAGGAGAGCAGGUUCUACAGGUCUUAAAUGGUGUGAUCAGCUAGACAGUGUCUGCUGACCUUGAGAAGAAGCGAUUGGCAUUAGGAAGCACGUUGAGCUGAUGCUGCCCUUCAUUUAUUCUCUAGACUGCUGCUUGGUUCCAGGAACAAGGCAUCUUGGCUCUGGAGAAAGCUGCGUGGCAAGAGGCGGCUGGUGAUGGCAUUCUGCCUCUUAAUGGCUCUGUCUGUGGUGACUGUCACCCGCUUCCCUCCACAGCACCCAGCCGCCAGCCCAGACCCUGGUCCCGUGGAGCCCCAGCGGGUAACUGGUGCCCCUGCCCCCCAGAGCAGGCAGGCUCUGAGCUCUGGCUGGAGGCAGCGGGCAAGAAACCUGAGGUUCCGGAGAGGCUGGGCCUUGCCUGGGAGCUCCAUCCUGGUGUGUGCUGAGGAGCAAGGCCACGGAGGGAGCGUGGACAGCAGGCGUCCAGGGAGGGUCAAGAGGGGCAUUACUUUGGUACCUCCAGGAGAUUUGAGACUCAGUACCCGGCAUCUGGUGCUCCUGAGGGAAGAUGAGGUCAGGGGUCCAGGAGCCAAAGACCUGGACCUCCCCUGGCACAGUGGUCCCCUCUGGGAGGCACAGAGUGAGACGGGCACCCCAGAUGGCCCCCUCGCAAGACACCACAUGGCAGCAUUACAGACUUGGAGAGCUACUACUGGACCGACCCUCCGGCCUCAUCCAGCAGAAGGCAGGGAUCUGCCAGGAGUGAGGAACAGAGCCUUGACUGGUGGACGACAAGCAGGGGGUCCCGCCCCGGCCACGGGGGCUCAUCAGUGGCCUGGCUCUGUUGGGGAGCUGCAAGGAUCUGUGUGGUGUGACGCUGAGACCUCCAGGCUGUCGAGUGGCUUGAGGACCAGCGAGCAGGUGCCCCCGUGGCUCACAGAGCAGGAUGUGCAGACCCUCCAGCUGCUGGCGCAGGGGCAGGUGGUGGGCAAAGCCAGGGUCCCUGGCCACGGGCAGGUGCUGCAGGUUGGCUUCUCCGCCAAGGGUGCCCUUCAGGACCUGUCUCCAGGGCUCAGCCACCUCUGCUCCCAGGGGCUCUGUGGCCUGAUCAAGAGGCCUGGGGACCUGUCUGAGGUCCUGUCCUUCCACGUGGACCGCGUGCUGGGGCUGCGCCGGAGCCUACCUGCCGUGGCCAGGCGCUUCCACAGCCCCCUGCUGCCCUACCGCUACACGGACGGUGGCGCAAGGCCCGUCAUCUGGUGGGCACCCGACGUGCAGCACCUGGGUGAUCCAGAUGACGACCAGAACUCGCUGGCCUUGGGCUGGCUGCAGUACCAGGCCCUGCUGGCACGUGACUGCAGCCAGCCGGACCAGGCCCCAUGCCUGGGCAUCCAUCACGCCGAGUGGGCACGCCUGGCACUCUUCGACUUCCUGCUGCAGGUCCACGACCGCCUGGAUCGCUACUGCUGCGGCUUUGAGCCCGAGCCCUCGGACCCCUGUGUGGAAGAGAGGCUCCGAGAGAAAUGCCGGAACCCGGGGGAGCUGCGGCUGGUCCACAUCUUGGUCCGGAGCAGUGAUCUCUCUCACCUGGUCUACAUCGAUAACGCCGGCAACCUUCAGCACCCGGAGCACAAGCUGAAUUUCCGGCUGCUGGAGGGCAUCGACGGGUUUCCUGAGUCUGUCGUGAAGGUUCUCGCAUCAGGGUGUCUACAGAAUAUGCUGCUCAAGUCACUGCAGACAGACCCGGUGUUCUGGGAAAGCCAAGGCGGGCAACAAGGCCUACAGCGGGUCCUCCAGACCCUGGAGCGGCGAGGACAGGUCCUGCUGAGCUACAUCCGGACGCACAACCUGACACUCUUCAGGGACGAGGGCCCCUUGCGGGAUCUUAGUUCCCCAACCAGGGAUUGAACCUGCGCCCCCUGCAGUGGAAGCGUGGAGUUCUAACUACUGGACCGCCAGGGAAGUCCCAGGAGUCUUUCUUGUCAGGACUUCAAAACCGAUUUUUAUCUUCCGUAUUUCUGAGGCCACAAAACUUCUGUUGGCUGCCACUUUCUGCUUUGUUUCUCUCAGUCUGCACUGUUUGCGAACUGGUGAAUGCCUUGAGAUAAUAAACACGUCAUUUUUC